GGGAAAGGAGAGAGGGCGGGCGGAGGGAGGAGCUGCGCCGCCGCCCCCUGCCCCGGGCCAGCCCCGGGGAUGGUGUUGGCCGCGGGAGCCGGGCCCUGACGCUGUGCUCAGGUAGAUUGAAGACAGCAGUAAUGCUAACUCUGGCAAGCAAGUUGAAGCGGGAUGAUGGUGUCAGAAGACCCCGUGCAUCUAAUCCAGCUUCUGACUCAGCUCGGAGGGUGUCUGUUCGAGACAAGUUACUUGUUAAAGAGGUUGCAGAACUUGAAGCUAACUUACCUUGUACAUGUAAAGUGAAUUUUCCAGAUCCAAACAAGCUUCAUUACUUUCAGCUAACUGUAAUCCCAGAUGAGGGCUAUUACCAAGGUGGAAAGUUUCAGUUUGAAAUUGAAGUUCCUGAUGCCUACAAUAUGGUACCUCCAAAGGUAAAAUGCUUGACAAGAAUCUGGCACCCGAACAUUACAGAGACAGGAGAAAUCUGCCUAAGUUUAUUGAGAGAACAUUCAAUUGAUGGCACUGGCUGGGCUCCAACUAGAACAUUAAAGGAUGUUGUCUGGGGGUUAAACUCUUUAUUUACUGAUCUUUUGAAUUUUGACGAUCCCUUGAAUAUUGAGGCUGCAGAGCAUCAUUUGCGUGACAAGGAGGACUUCCGGAAUAAAGUUGAAGAUUACAUUAAGCGCUAUGCAAGAUGAUGAAGGGAGAUGGAUGGCAGGAGCAUGGCUUCCACACUAGAGUUGUCCUUAACUUCAACAACAGCCACAAAACCAGCCCGGAUUGUACUAGUCCUGUGUCCAUGUUGUACUGAAGAAGAAAACUAACAUAAUAACUUGUCCAUGUUAAAAGGAGAGUUCAGCAUAAAUACAGCAAGAAAUUGUGUAUGUUGGUUGAAAAAGUUGUUUGAUUACAUUUAAAAAUGUUUACUCUUCUGAACCGUACUGUAUAUCCUAUUGAUGAGAGAUGCUUGAGAAGUGAAAAGAAAUCCCUAUUGAAGUUGUAAUUGCACCUUUUUUUUUUUAACAAGAAACUCUUGCCUAGUUCUGGGGGGAGGGACUGGGGGGAAGGGAGUGGAAGGAAAAACAGAACAAAAAUAACAACAAAAGCAACCCCAGCAACAAAAACCCCAGGCAGAAAAGGUGGUGUGGUUUUGGAACACUUGGAGUUGGCAAAAAAGUGGUCUCCUGUGAACCAAGUGACAAAACUGUUGCCUUUGACGAGCAGAGACAAUAAAAGCUUUUUCCAAGAGUCGUCAGCUGAGGCGUAGAGCUUGCCAGAACACACCUGCUAACCCAAGCUUUGCUUCUGCUGGUGAAAUUCUGGCCCAUCUUUGAUGUAAGUACUUCUGUGUUUGGUUGGUUGGGUUUUUGUCACAGGUUUGAAAUUUUUACCUUGUUAUUUUCAGCUCCUGUUUGGGCUGCAGUACUCUUUGUUUGGUUGGACUUUUAUUUUUGUUCCUGUUCGCUGUGUGACGUAGUUAAAAGAGAUACAGGCUAAUCUGUAACUUAAGUAAAUGUGUAGUAUUAGUAACAUUAUAUAUAUAUCUAUAUUAUAUAUUUCUGUGCAAGUUUAAUGAAAGGGAGGUCUGGUUUGAUUUUGUUUUGUAAGAAAUCUGCCUUUAGCUUUCUGAUCUGGAUCUGGUGAGGGAGCAUCAGAUGCUGUUUGAUCUGAUGGAAGUAAAUUCAAGCACCAUUAGCUGGAGGACACCUAAUUGUGUUCUUCAAACUCGUGCACUGAAAGCCAAUGACUAAUAGCGCAGCUGAGAACAGCAAGGCGCUGCACCCUCUGCUAGGCACUCAGCUGUUUGAAAGGGUAUGAUGCUGUAAUUGCCUUUUCUGUAAGUAGCUGUGUGUCAAACACAUAGUCUGUGCAAGCAGAGAUGCCUCAGAAGAGAGUAGCAUGUACCUCAGGAAUCACUUCAGCGUCAAUGCCAUGAGAAGUUGUCUGCUGCCUGUCAUGUUCCAGAGCUCCUUGCUGCUCACUCGCUGACCCCGGCGACGCCCGGGGCUGCCUCGCUGGGGCAUCGGCGUAGCCUUGGAGACCCAAACACGUUUUGCUUGUGGGAUCACAGAGAGGAGGUGUUGUGGAACUGAUUCAUGCUUUUCUAACUAGAUAAACCAUAGAAAUAAAUGUUCGUGUAGUUUCAUACGCA